GUGGGACCAAAGUUAAAUCAUUACCAAGCGAUUCACUUGAGUGCUAAUCUUGUACACACCCCAGGGGUACUCAGAAAAUAGGGGGUGAACGGCCAUUUAGGUUAAAAUAUAUCUCACCCACUUCUCUGAAGAAUCAUUGAAUCGUUGCUAAUUAAGCAAUAAAAGAAACUAAAAGUACUGGGACCAGUUAAAUAAAAUUCGUUUUUAUGAUAAAUGUUUCAAGUAAUGCAAAAAUGGGCGAAUCAACUCGAAUUUGUUCAAUAUAUCUGAACUGAUAUCCAGGGUGUAGGGUAUAAAAAGCGAUGCGAGCCGAAUAUCUACCUCAGUCAACUCCUGAACAAGCUAGAGACAUGUUGUAUACAGUGUUUUUCGGGGUAUUGUCAGUGACCUAUGUCUAUUGUGUGAAUGAGAUGUCAGAAGAGACCUGUGAAACGUUGCCUUCAGAAUUACACAUUACAAAAGAGGAAUAUGAUGAACUUGGAAGGUUGCAAAGAACUUGCAAUGGAGAAAUAGCUGUUAAUAAAUGUGAAGGGUCCUGCAAGAGUCAAGUACAACCCUCUGUUAUAACCCCCACUGGAUUUUUGAAGGAGUGUUACUGUUGCCGAGAAAGCUUCCUCAGAGAAAGAAUAAUAACACUGUUACAUUGCUAUGAUCCAGAUGGAGUGAGAUUGACUGGAGAAGGUAGAAAUUCGAUGGACAUCAAGCUGAGAGAACCUUCUGAAUGCAAGUGUUUCAAGUGCGGUGAUUUCAGCAGAUAAAAAUCAUCUCAAUUCUCUUUAUGAUUUAAAAAAUGUAUUUUUAGGGAUUUUUUUUAUUCGUACUGUAUAUUUUUCUGUGCCAAUUUUCAUUGAAUCGACAAAUGUUUUUGAAAGUAUUUGUCUAAUAAUUGAGCAUGUUUUAUAUAAAUGUUGAAACUGAGGCUUGUGAUGAAAAAAUUAUGUAUAAAAGUUUUUUG